GUACAUUCCAUCCUACAGAGAGGGUGACAUGAAAGUGGUUGUAGAUUAGGACGUUCUUGACAACGAAGAAAUCAAAAACAAACGACAAGCGAUGAGCCUGCAGUGACAAAGUGAAUAUUGUAUAUCCAAAAAUCAAAGGACAAAGUAGUUUUAGAAAAGAAAUCAAGGGGACAAUCCGUAAAUGUAAGCAAAAGACACAAAUGCUACGAUAUAUGUUUUCAAUAGUUGAAUUAUUUGCAAGAGUGACUAUUUAAAGUGACUUAGUUUAAUGGAACUGGCAUUCGCCAAAUACUUGAAGGAAUUUGUUUAUCCGUCUCUCGAAAGCCUCGGUUUCUGAAGCACUUUGAAAAUUGCAAACGGUAUGAACCUAAUUAUUACCACUUGCCUCGGUGUCUUGGCGGGCAUCCUGAAGACCGAUGGAUUCAAACUGUGCCCGCACCGUUGCUCCUGCGAUGAUUUCUCCCAUUUCGUGGACUGCAAAAGGCGUUCCCUGACUUCCAUCCCGAGGGAUAUCCCACACGGUACAUGGAUGCUAGAUAUUAGGUACAACAACCUGGCCGAGAUUCCCCGCGGUUCCUUCAGCGGACUGUGGUCCACGCGGGUAGUCCUGUUGGCUCGCAACCGAAUUAAUCUCAUCCAUUCUGGAGCCUUCGAGUCCCUGAAUUUUCUGGAAAGCCUAGAUCUGGAUCAAAAUCGUAUAAAGUUCCUACCCGGGGAUCUUUCUGAUAGCCUGCAGCACUUGAUAGAACUGAGACUGUCGAAUAACCAUGUUGAAUACAUUCACGGCGAUAGCAUGCGGAAUCUGGAAAGCCUGCAGAAGUUGGACCUGAGCGGCAAUUUGAUCACGUCCAUGGAAAGCGGGGUUUUCAGAGGUCUGCCCAAACUCCGGACUCUGUUCCUGACAAACAACAGGCUGGUCGUCAUUGAAAACGGAUACUUCCUCAUGCUACAAAGUCUGGAAGUUCUUCACUUGGAGAACAACAACAUUUCAACCAUCCAGGGAGAAGCUUUCGGCUCCCUGCGGAGCUUGAAUCUCCUGUGUUUGAAUGGAAACCGUUUGAAUCACAUCAACUUCAAAACGUUUCUGAACAUUCAGACUCAAGGCACCCACCUGCAGCUCGCCCACAAUCACUGGACGUGUGACUGCGACCUCCAGAGAGUGUUUGGGAAGAUCGUUAGUGUUCGGCAUCUGCACGUGGACGAUUACAGCAACAUCACUUGCUCAGCUCCUGGGCACCUCCUGGGAUAUCCACUGGUGGCAGUGGAUUCGCAGCUGUGCGUGGCCGAGACUGCCACCGUCUUGGUGAUAACUGGCACGGUGCUGGUCACUGUCAUCGCCGCUAUCGUCAUGGCCGAAAGAAACCGGAAGAAAGGCGGUAACAAGAGUUGGAACGACAGCGAUGGGCCCUUUGACUCUCAGGAGAAAUGACGCUUUGCUGAAGAACCGUAUUUAGAUCAACGGUGUCAGUUUCCGCUGAGAUGCCUGGUCCAGAGCAUCUUAUCAUAAAACAUUAUCUUUCAAGAAAAUGUUCUUGAUAAAUUGUAACCAGUUUCUGAGAGCCCGUGUUCUGAGAACCCACAAAAGUAAACCCAUGUUCAGAGAAAUUAACACAACCAUUUGUUUGAACGGAAAUUGUAUACCGUUCUCUAUAUCUCCCGAUCUGUCAGGAUUAUGUCAAACGAUAAAUCAUUCAUUGAGAGUUGUUCCGGUUGUUCCCACCCACCCCCCGUUGAGAAAGCACACUUUCCCGGAAUAUUAACAACACUGAAUCCCCGUCACCCCGUCUGCUAUAGAAUGUUUCCAAUUCCCUUAUAGUUUAACUAUUUUUUUGUAGCUAACACAGACCAUGAAUUUUGGCUAGACUUGAAAAUAUCCCAGCUGUAGUCCGAUCCAAGCAGACGGAGAGUGCUCGGAGUCCAUUAACAUCGGUGAUGUAAGGGACUGGAAGAAUAUGAGACGGCAAAUCAGUGAAGUCAUGUCUAUAUGUAUAUCUGUAAUACAAAAGUAUCAGGGAACGAUUAUAUUGAUUAAUGCUGCUUAAGUCAAAGUGGAAGUGAAUGCUCUUAAAUUACUCUUAGCUUUGAAUUGCUCGAUGAACAGGUAAAACUGAGCAUUUUGCAUAGAAUUCCUUGUUCCGCGCGAUCCACUGGCUACUGCAUUCCGAAAGAAUUCAACAGCAUGUCAAGCUCACUAGUUAAGUGUAUUAACAAGUCAGCUCGUUGCUUUCUUAAAAUGUUAUAAACAAAGUUCAGUUUUGAAACUCUAGAUGUUUUCUGAGCUUUUAUAGCUACAUCACAGUAGCUUUCUUAAACCGUUUCACGACAAGCAUUGAUACUGCAGCCAUCAUUACCUGGCAAAAUGGCGUAUGCGAAAAUGAACUGUUUUGUGUUACUGUUCAUUUUGGUGAAAAGUUAAACUGAAGUGUCUCCUUUAAAAACUAAUAUUAAUUAUUAGCUGUUUCAUCAACCUUAACCGUCAACAGAGGUUUCUUUUAAAUAAUAUUUGAAAAUUUGUUCCUUGCGUGCUGGAAAUUAUAACUACUGUAUUUGUUUG